AUGGCAUGGGAUCACCUUGAUUUCGAUCGGCCGCAUCUGGCUUACAUGAUUCUCGGCGGCUUCACGGGCCUCUUCAUGCUGUGCUCGCUUUUCGUGAAAGAGAAGCUCUACAUUGGCGAAGCUACUGUCGCAACCCUCUGCGGUAUCAUCUUCGGUCCACAUGCUGCAAAUUUAUUCAACCCCCAUGACUGGGGCAAUGUCGACAAGAUUACUUUGGAAUGCUCGCGUAUUGUCCUAGUCGUACAAUGUUUCGCCGUCGGCGUCGAAUUGCCCAAGGCCUACAUGGAGCGUCACUGGAAGUCGGUCAGCUUGCUGUUGGUUCCCGUCAUGACCUGGGGCUGGUUGAUUACCAGUCUGUUUAUUUGGUGGUUGGUACCUCCGCUCAACUGGCUGGAGAGUCUAGUGUGCGCGGCCUGCGUCACUGCUACCGAUCCUGUCUUGGCAUCGUCCGUCGUCGGUAAGGGUAAGUUCGCCAAGCGUGUGCCCAAGCAUUUGCGUGACCUCUUGUCGGCGGAAUCCGGUUGUAACGAUGGCAUGGCGUUUCCAUUUAUCUACCUCGGAUUCUAUAUCCUGCGUUACAGGCCAGAUGUUAAUAAGGUAUCGCUGAACUGGUUCUGUGUGACCAUUCUCUACGAGUGUAUCUUUGGUGCUAUCUUCGGCUUUGUCAUUGGAUACGCUGCUCGUCAUGCCAUCAAGUGGGCCGAGCGCAAGAGUCUUAUUGAUCGAGAGAGUUUCCUCGUGUUCUACUUCGUCCUGGCCGUGUUCUGCGCCGGCGCGGGUAGUUCGCUGGGCAUGGAUGACCUGCUCAUUGGAUUCUCCUGCGGAGUCGGCUUCAGUAAUGACGGUUGGUUUACAGAGAAGACUGAAGAGUCGCACGUCUCCAACGUUAUUGACUUGUUGCUUAACUUGGCGUACUUUGUCUAUUUCGGAUCCAUCAUACCCUGGGAAGAUUACAAUGCCCCUGACCUCGGCCUGACUCCCUGGAGACUGGUCGUCAUUGCGAUAUUGGUCAUCUUCUUCCGUCGCAUUCCUAUUAUGCUUUUACUGAAACCGAUUAUACCGGAUAUCAAAACUUGGCGUGAGGCGCUCUUCGCUGGUCACUUUGGCCCCAUUGGUGUCGGUGCCAUCUUUGCUGCCAUUCUCGCGAGAGCGGAAUUGGAACACGAUAGCACACAACCACUUCCUGAAAGUGAACUCAAGGCGUCUUCACUAGAGUAUCCGGCGGACUAUGCCGUUGUUAGGCUCAUCUGGCCUAUUACCACAUUUAUGGUUAUCUCGUCUAUUCUGGUCCACGGAUCUUCAAUUGCCGUGUUCACUCUGGGCAAGCGCAUCAACACUUUGACAAUUACCCUGUCCUACACACAAGCCAACGAGGAUGGCCCAUCAUGGAUGAACCGCCUUCCCCGUGUGCAGUCACUGGCCAAGGGAUCCAUGUCCUUCCGCAAGGCUGAUGAGCUUGACGAGGCUUCUUCUGACGAGAGACUACCCGAGUAUCCCCCGGGUACCUUACCACCCAUCGGCAUGCCCGGUACCUUCUUGCGUCGUGUGCGUGAGGAGGACAGCGAAACCCAGAGUACCCAGUCGGCUCCGCGGAAGCCUAUUCGUCGGAAGCGCCGCAAGCACACUGACGCUGGUGGUCCAAUCAGCCAGUCAGCCAUCAUGCCCCAGCGACGUACGGAGAGCGAGCUUGAAGGGGAAUCCAAAGAAGAGCUCGAAGAACGAGACCGUGUGGAUCGUGGAUCUUCGCCGCCUACCGCUGAACGGGAUCGCUUCGGACGUGAGCCUGAGAUUGAAGUCUACCAAGAGGGUCAUCAUAUGAUCAUCGAGGAUGAGGAGGGCAAUGUGCUCAGGACUGAAGAUACCAGUAACCUGACUCCCGAGGAACAGGCUCGUCACAUCGAGGAACAGCGCAAGCGCCUCGAGCAGGACAGGUCUGGCGAGCUUGCUCCAUCCGGCAGCCAACCUCACGAGAAGACCGAGGGCGAAGAGAUCCAACAGGCCGUUGGUGAACAAACCGGACACCCCGUCGAGAAGGCUCGGUCUCGUUGGACCAACUGGACCGGCUUCGGAAAGGACAAGACCAAGGAGAAGCCAGAGGAAGCUCAGCCGAAGCCUAGACCUCAAGCUCAGCCUAAGCCUGCCGAGGGCGAGAAGAAAGCCCGCUCUGCUCAUGCGUACCAGUUUGGUAACACUAUCAUCGUUGAGGAUGAGGAUGGUGAGGUGAUCAAGAAAUACACCAUCCCGUCUGGUGACAAGUCCGCCAAGCCCAAGCCCAAGCCUGAAGAACCGCAGCAUGGAAAGGAUCAGGCGCCUAUCCGAGCCGGUCUGAAGCGCAUGGGUACCUGGUUCGGCAUGGAAGAGGAGGGCGAAUCCUCGCAAGCCGGUCAGAAGAAGAAGCCUGUUCCUCGUACCGAGACUGACGACUGGGCCACGGAUGACGGCCUGCGAUUCACUCUUGCCCAGAGCACGGAGGUUGGCUCCCAAGGCAUCGGCUACAAGGGUCGUCGCAUGACCAAGCACGAGUUCUUCCAGCAGAUCAAGGGCCUGGACCCCAAGGCGCGCCGAGAUCUAGUACAGCAAACCGACGCCCCGGCUCCCAUCAAAGAAGCUGCCCACGAAGACGUCAAGCAAACCGAAAAACAAGAACGUCGUCUCUCAGCAGCCGCCGCAUCCGCCGCCACCGGCGCCAUCCCGGAAGAAGGCGAGGAUCUCGUCUCCGAAUCUGUCACAGACAGCGACGUCACCGACGAGGAAGACUCAACCGAUGACCGCGGCGAAACAAGCCCCAACGUCGCAACUUCCCUCGCCAAAUUCACCCGCGGAAGCUCCGCCCAAGAACGCCGCAGCAAUCUCAGUCAUGCCCCACGCCCCCGCGAUCGUCGUCGCCGUGACUCAGAAGACGAUGGCACAGAGCGUAUCCCGCCCUCACGCCUCCGUCAAGAAGCCGGUCUCGCCGCACCACCACGCCAAACCGACGACGAUACCGGCGAGACACCCGCCGAGCGACGUCGUCGUCUCGCUGCGCUAGGCGAGAUUCACAAUGGCGAUUCCUCUGACUCGGAAGCUGAGGGCGAAGCUGCCAUUGCCGAUUCCGAUAGUGAGGAUGACGGCGAACCUCGACAGGUGCAGGGUAAAGUGCAAUUCGCGGAUUCGGCGAGACCACAUGAGCAGCCUAGUCCCAGUGAACAGCAUUCCUCCUCAUCUGGUUCUGGCUCUGGAUCAAGUAAAUUCACACCCGGCCAUCGACCCCGUAUCUCCUGGGGUGGCGAGAAGGGACGGGAACAUUAG